AUGAAGUUCGUUCUGCCCACCGCUCUAUCUCUGCUCGUCGCUGCGGCGGCUGCUGAGCCUACCGUGUAUCUGAUCCGCCACGGCGAGAAGCCCAGCAACGGCGGCGUCGGCCUGAGCUCGAUUGGCGAGGAGCGUUCCCAGUGUCUGCGCAACGUCUUCGGCGCUUCGUCACAGUACAACAUCGGGUACAUUCUGGCCCAGCAGUACAAGUCUGAUGGCUCGCGUGACCGCCCGUACCUGACCGUCGAGCCCCUCGCCGAAGACCUAGGUCUGACUGUCGACACCUCCUGCGACCGUGACGACCCCAAGUGCGUGAAGAAGGCCGUCGAGGCGUACAGCGGCGAUGGCAAUAUCCUGAUUUGCUGGGAACAUGAUGCGUUGACGGAUAUUGUGGCAAAGCUCGGCGAUGACAAUGCUCCCACCUACCCAGAUGACAGUUUCAAUAUCAUCUGGACGGAUCCUUCCCCGUACAGCGACAUCACGUCGCAGACGAGCGAGAAUUGCCCGGGGUUGGACAACUGA